CGUCACGUGACCACCAGAGAAGGCGGAGCGUGAGCGGGCUCUCAUCUCCGUGUAGCAUCAUCCCAUGUCCACCGUCUGGUUGACCGACGUGUCUCCCGAUUUCCGUCUGGUCAUCGAUGCUGGCAGGCCGGACAUCGUCUCUCUGCUAGGCGGGGGUGAAUGAGGAGCAGCGGCUGUCGGUCAGGGAGGAGUCCGCUGCUCCUGGAUGGAGCACGGCUGUGUGCAGACCGUCAUGGCCACGGGAGAUGCCACGAAGAAAGCGUCCGCUCGGAACCUGGCGGUGGAGCGAAAGAACCUGGUGACCGUCUGCAGGUUCUCUGUGAAGACCCUUCUAGAGAAGUACACAGCGGAGCCUAUUGAUGAUUCAUCUGAGGAGUUCAUCAAUUUUGCAGCCAUCCUGGAGCACAUUCUCAGCCACCGCUUUAAAGGUUCUGGCAGCUGGUUUGAUGGUCAGAGGAGUUUCUGGGACUUCAUCCGUCUGUCUUGUGCUAAAGUCCCCAACAGCUGCAUCCACAGCAUCGAGAGCAUGGAGAACAUCAGCACUUCGAGAGCGAAAGGCCGCGCCUGGAUCAGAGUGGCCCUGAUGGAGAAGAGAUUGUCUGAAUACAUAGGAACAGCUCUGAGGGACACUAGAAGCACCAGGAGGUUUUAUGCGGAAGGAGCCAUCAUGUUGCGAGAAGAAGCAACGGUUCUUACUGGGAUGCUUAUUGGGCUUGGAGCUAUAGACUUCAGCUUCUGUCUGAAAGGAGAAGCGCUGGAUGGAAAAUCCUCGGCUGUGAUUGACUACACGCCAUAUUUGAAGUUCACACAAAGCUAUGACUACCUGAGUGACGAUGAAGAUCGGCACAGUGUGGACAGCAGUACCAGCGACGACAGUGUCCCGGAGCAUCCCUACGUCCCCCUGGUCACCGAUGAGGAGAGCUGGAGCACCAAGUGUCGCAAGAUGGAGCAGAGGUUCAAGAUUGUCAAUGCUCAGAAGGGUUACCUGGAGGAGCUGGUGCGGCUGCGUGAGUCUCAGCUGAAGAACACUGAAGCUGACAACAAGAACCUGAAGACGCGGCUGGAGGAGCUCCGCAGCCAGAGUCAGCAGGAGAAAAGAGAGCUGGAGGCCAUUGUGCUGGAGCUUCAGGAGCAACUCACUACUUUGAUACCAUGUGACACCAGUCACCUAGAAAAGCACUUGACAAUUCCCUUGGUCAACCAGUGGCCAGCACUCGAGUCAUAUAACAGUCAAGAAGACGUCAAGCUUUUCCGCAGGAGGAGUUUUCCCAGCACCGAGCUGCUGUCAGUGGAGAUCAGCUUGGAUUCAGACUCCCAAAAGACAGAAGUGAAACAUAAUGGAGGAGCGUGGAGUACAGAAAAGGACUACACACCCUCCAUGAUGGGCCUGUGUGGUUCCCUGGCCUCUCUCCCGAGCUGCAAAUCCAUCUCCAGCCUCAAGUCCAGUGAGUGCCUGGUCCACAUCAGCACAGAUAAUAGUCCUGCUCUCUCCCCAAGCUAGCGGGCGCCAAAGAAUCACUGACUACACACUGAGAAAGCGAUGCCAACAUGGUGUGCUCAGUGCACGCGUGGCUCACCAUUCUGCAUGGUGAAGGUGUCCGCUCAGUCUGGGACUGUCCUGCGAGGAUGCAGGAAAAGCUGCAGUACUGCCCGUCAGUCUCCUCUGUUUUUCCAUAGAUGACAUAGACUAUAUAAUCUCUCACAGCACACGCAUCUGGUCCGACUUUGAUGUCAAUAACUUCUUAAUACUUGACUUGUGCAGUUGCGGACAGAUACCGUCACUAGUCAUGUCCCUCAAAACACCCUCCAUAUCUCUGUACUGACAUGUUCGUUCAUCUGUGUCUGUCAAUGAGUCUCCUUCAGGCUGCAGAGCAGGAUGGAUGGGCUGCCACACCUCGAGAGUUGUGUUACAACACAUACAUGACCUUUGUACCGGAACUGAAAAUUGACUCGUGGCUAGAAAAAAAAUAUGGCUAGACUGUUGAUUAUCGAUAUAUAGAAGACUAACAAGAGAAUUAACCAUGUUUCGUAAAGCGUAGGCCUUAUUUAAUAGAUUGAGGACAGAGAGCGCAAAACAAGAGUUAGAAAAUAUAAAUUGCAUACAAGUGUCUAUGCAAAUGGAAUGUUUUCAUCCUCUUUUUUUAUUAUUAUAAAUCAAGUGAUAAAAUAGUUUCCGCUGGAGAGUUAGUGAAUGUGAAGAGUGUACUUGUCAACGUUAUACAUUUUUGCAUUGUUUCUGCAGGGUUUUUUUUCUCUUUGUAGUUGUUUAUCCCGUAAAAUGCUUGUUCGUAAAUCCAAUCUGUGACGAGAGCUGCGAUAAUGUUUCAUUUAAACAGCAAUAAAACUGCUUCUUUUCAAAA